UGUUUUAUUUACAUUUCGUGGACAAACCAAGCUGUUACUGUUCAGAAGCAAAGCUGCAAGUUAGGGAGGAGUCCAGAUAUUAGAAUGAAAUAAUGAUGCCUCCAUAACAGCGGAAUUUUGUUAGGCCUGAUAUGGAGCUGGGAAACUUGCGUGAGAGCCCGGCAGGGGCUGGGGACACCGAAGACGAGCAAUGGAAAGAAGAGAAACCCGUAGUUAUUUCGGGAACGCAGAAAAGCGAUCAAGAACUAAAACGGGGUUGUGAAGGAGAUGGAGAAAUAACUGGCGGCAGAGAAGAAGUAGGGCCUGUGAGUAAUCGCGAGCUGUAUCAAGACGAGGAAGAUCUUGAUGAUGUGGACGAAGAGGAGUUGGAUCCUAGGAUACAGGAAGAACUGGAGCAUUUGAACCAAGCCAGUGAUGAGAUUAAUAGACUUGAACUGCAACUGGAUGAAGCUCGCUCUGCUUAUCGAAAAAUCUUGACAGACUCUGCUCGCAAGCUUAAUGCUCAGGGUUCUCAGCUAGGAGCCUGCAUUGAGAAAGCUCGUCCAUAUUAUGAAGCCAGAAGACUAGCUAAAGAGGCACAACAAGAAACGCAGAAAGCAGCCCUAAGCUAUGAGAGAGCCGUAAGCAUGCACAAUGCUGCACGGGAAAUGGUUUAUGUGGCUGAGCAAGGGUUAAUGGCAGAUCGUAAUCGCCUGGAUCCAACUUGGCAAGAAAUGCUUAACCAUGCUACCUCAAAGGUGAAUGAGGCAGAAGAAGAGCGACUACGCAGUGAGCGAGAGCACCAGAGAGUCACACAGCUUUGUCAACAAGCAGAAGCCAAAGUACAAACCCUGCAGAAAUCGCUAAAGAGGGUCAUUGUCAAGUCCAAGCCUUAUUUUGAGUUGAAGGCUCAGUUUAAUCAAAUUUUAGAGGAACAUAAGUCCAAGGUUCUGGAUCUAGAACUACGUGUCUCCCAGGUGAAAAUGCGUUACUCAGUAGCCCUGCGCAACUUAGAACAAAUCAGUGAACAAAUUCAUGCCCGCCGUCGCCUGGGCAGCCGAAGCAAACGAAGUAUUCCCCAACCAAUGGCAUGGGAGGGACGGGGAUCCCCUGUUGGAGCAGAGUCAGACUGCUCCAUAACAGCAAGUGGAGCUCUGAGCCUUGGGACAAGCAACAUGGGAGAUUUUGUCCACCAAGUGGACUCCACAGAUAAUGUGUCAGUGCUAAGUCUGCAGACCAUCGCCUCAGACCUGCAAAAAUUUGACUCAGUUGAACACUUGGGGGACAUUGUCUGUGAUGCUGCUAGCCUACAUAGUGAUGAUCUCCUUGGUGGAGAUUCUGAUGAUCCUGGUCGACAUCAUAGAGCUUCAGAAAGAAAGCAGCACUCUUCUUCCUUUUUUAAACACCAUCGCAGUGUCAGCUUAUGAAAUGAAACCAGCUGUCUCAUGUGAAACAUUGAUCUCUUUUCAGUCACAUUUUUUUCAGCAGGUCAUCUGCAAAUGGAUGUGUAUCCAAACAAAGAGAUCCCCUUACCUGCCUCACAAAAAUGGUUGUAGUCCAUGUCAAGUGAGACAAAGGUUACAUGUACUAGGAACUGGAAACAAGAUGAUGCGUUCUUGUGGGAAACAGGAAGUUUUUGCCCUUAAAUCCAUGUCAUUUUAAUAUUUAAGUUGGACUGACAUACAGUACAGUGCUUAAAGCUUUCAAAUAUUGUUCUUCUGAAGGCUGCUGAGAAUUUGUUUGCUUCUGACGUAAUGUGUAAUUUUCAUCUAAAAUUCAUCUUGAAGUUGAUGUUAAACAGCUUUGCGCUCAAUCUGCCAAAAUCCUCUUGUAAAAUUCUCAAGUUCAGAACAGUUUCUUCUGUUCAGUUUUCUCACAUGUGACACACAUGGUUAUACUAUGACUAUCUGACAAAUAUGCAGAGAUGUAUGAAUAAUGAAUGGCUAGAUUUAUCUAAAGCAUGGAGCAAGGGUUUAUUCAAAAACUGAUACUUACACUAGUAAAUGAAUAUGGAAAAUACUGCUGAAACCCUAAAUGCAGUGUGUGUGUUUGUGUGUGUGUGUGUGUGUGUGUGUUCAGAUCAGUUCAGUCGUUCAGACAACUGAGGGGAAAUUUAUUUUUGGUGUAGUCUUAUUUUCAUUCUUACAAUAUCAUAUUUAAUAAAUAGAAGAACAAUUCUGAAAUGGUCAUUUACUAAAGUGAGAAACUACAUAAUAUAGGGCACUUCCUGAAAGUAGAUAUAUUUGGGACCAGUUUAUUUGAGCAUAUAAACAAAUUAUUGACUGUCUUUUCAUGGUUUAGUGUGUGAAAAUAUUUUAAUGAAAGGUGACAAAUAGUUUUGCUCUUACAAAUUAAUGUAAAACAGGAAAAUGAUUUGUGUUCUUUAAUUGUUUCAUAUUUUUUAUUUAUUUAUUAAUGUAUAUUUUUUAUCCAGAUCAGAGGUAUUCCACUUAUACCAUGUCUAUUGUACAGCCAGUAUUAAACAACAGUAACACCACCAUCGCCCCCAAUUCAUUUCUUUUAAAGUGAAUUCUUAUUUUUCUUCCAUUUUGAAUGCUUCUGUUAUUUCUUUGGAGUAAACUUGCCCCUGCAGACAGAAAUCUUUUAUACACAUUUGAUAUGGUGAAAGUGGAAAACAUUUUGUUUGCUGUUUUAUUUAUUUUUAUAAAAUUUGACAAAAGGAUGUGUGAUUUGUAACUGUAAAAUGUACAAUUGUAUAAUGACUACUAAAAUGGUAAUUUACAAACAUUUAUAUUUGAAUUCAUUUUGCAAACUAAUUAUAGUUUUAUCUUGAAAUUCUUUCUCAUUUUGGCUUAAUGUAAUAUUAAGUGAGCUUUUUAAAGCCAGCUUUUACAGAAUUGCACCUGUUUUAAAGGCACAUGUUUCAAACAUUUCAGAGGAAGAAAUAAAGUUUAUUUGGCGACCUGUUCUUUGUCUUAUCCACAACAAAAGAAAAAAAUACCAUUUACAUUUGUAUGAGAAAAAUGCAAUCGCACUUUAUUGAACCAUUUUAGUGCUUGCAUGGCUGUAAUGCACUAAUGUCAUUAGAGAUUUGGUGUACUUAUUCAGUCCCUGUAAAGGAUGCUUGGAACUGGGGGGCAGGGUACUGGGUGUCUUAUUAGGAACUUGAAGUUGGCAUUACUUGCUGUUGCUCUGUCUGAGGUAUUGGUUAUUGUAAUGGAGAAUCUCUCACAAUGAACCAUGGGCAUUCAAAAGACAGAUAUUUUCAUUAUUUGUGAGCAUAAGGUUGUUCUGUAAAAAUCUUACCUAGGAAAUCAUGGGUUAUUUAGAAGGAAAAAUUUGCUGCAUUGAUCUCAAGUGAAAAAUGUGGUAACCAAAUGUAUGAAUUCUGGACUCUGUCCAUUUUUCUGUCAGAGAAUUCCAGAAUGACGUUGCCAAGGGGAGAUGAGGUGCAGAGGUAAGCCUUCUAGGUGUUAUAGUCUUGUAAUGUUUCACUGAGAAUCAUAGUGCUGAAGUGUAUCAGCUUUCAGCCAAAGUACUACCAAUAGAUGGGUUGCACAUUGAUUUAAGAUUACUGGGCAUCAUAAGGUAAUAUUUUUAUGAAAAAUGUAAUAACCAAGACAGUAUUCAAGAGACUUGCUGCUAUGAAAACAACAUUUGUAUGAAGCAGCUAAAAGAAUGUAUCUCAUUGGAAACUUACUUAGCAAAUGUGUAGCAGAGCUUGUGUGCCUCAGAUUUACAUGCCAUCUAAUUUCCAGUGUGCAUUUAUAUUCUCAGUGUUUUGAACAUUUAGUUGUUUUUUUUUUUCCGUUUGGGGAAUUUCUUCAAGUGUACUGGGCUUUAUUUUAAAUUAAUUUAGCCAUGCAUUUUAGAACAUAAAUUGUUAAAAAUAAUACAAACAUUAGGCAACCACCUAGUAAAAGGUAUUCUAUAUUGUAAAUUUAAAAGAUUGCUAAAUGUAAUAUAAACAACACUAGUGCCUUUGGCCACCUAUGUUAAAUCGAGUCCAAAAUCUCAUCCAAAAUUACAUUUGAAAUAAGCAAUGCUAUAAUAACGAAUGCUUUCGUUUUAUUUAUUUUUUUUUAUUAAGAAAACAAGUAGAAUCCACAUUUUGCGUUAGUAAAUGUGUAUAUACUGACUAGUGAAAUAAAGAGAGAGAUUUACAAUGUAAUGCUUGACACAACUCUUUUCUGUUUGUGAACUAAGGUCAGGGUCACAUGAUAAUAUGUAGUUAUUGUGUUUUUAAAUUAAAAACCCUGAUGUACAGUCCAAAGUUAUUUCUCUUUCAGCACUGAAGUUGUGCCUAGCAAUUCAUUUAUAGGGAAGAGCUUCCUGUUGAUGUUGUAUCAGCAAAGGACAUCUAAUUUGUUGUGAUACAAUACAGAAUUUAAACUUUCACUCUCUGAACUUUAAUCAUGCAUUUACAUUGCUUUUUUUGUUAAUGCAAUACUUUUAUCUGACUGUGAUGUACUGGAGUUCAAAGACUGACAAAUAAAAUAUUCUUCAAAUGC